AUGGCAGAGGAUGACCCUGGCCUGUUUGACCAAUUGGACAAGGAGCGCAAUCUGGAUGCUGUGAUGUCUGGUUCACCUAAAGGAGAUGAAUCCACAACAGCAGCUGGAAGUGACAUGCUGUCCGAUUCAACCUUGCCUUUGGACUCGGUGUUUGAGACCCUGUAUGACUCAGUGUGCAAAGAAAUUGAAAGUGCUGGAGGACCACGCCAGUACUUGCAUGCUGAAUUCCCUGUCCGCAGUGAGAGGGCAAAGGGCAUUGCCAAGGUAAUGGAGGUGGCACUGGGGAUGUGUGAAGACGUUGACUAUGCUACAGACUACCCUUUGCCAGUAUGCUUCUCUGGAGCAGAAGAUGAACAAGCACCGUUCUUUCUUCCAUUGGGGGCUUUCUCAGCUGAAGCAGAGAGCUCACUCAGGGAGCCACCAUCCCUUGAUGUUGCAAUCAAACUCAUCAACAACUUCCACAAGCAUGGAUUUCAAACUACAGGUGUCCCUAUUCUGAUUCGGCUGGAGACAGCGAGCCUUCCAGACAGUGGUGAGAUUGAGCCCGGCUCCAUUUACUUCCUGAAGGGUGCUGCCAGGAUCCAAACAGCCAUGGCUGUGGUUGUGGCUUUGCGCAGGAUGGGUCAUGAGGUGCCAUUGAUUCUGAAGAAGUCUCUCCAACGCAUCAAGUGCAAGCACAUCAGGCUCAGAGACCGUCAAGCUGAACUGUUCUACAACAUGAAGAAGAGUUCCUCUGAUGCGAUCCGGAACGAUGAUGCUGCAAAACAUGACCGCAUUGCUGGCUACAAGUACCAGGCUGUUAAGACCAUCCUAGAGCUCCCUGAAGCUGCUAGGAACAUAAUCCUUGGCACAGUCAGCCUGUAUGGUUGGGAGGGUGGCUCAUUCCUUAUUACAGCAAGAGUUUCUGUUUUGGUGGCUGGUACACCCUACCACACGAUGAUGCUUCUGUCCACUAUAUUUGACAUUCAGGUUGCCCCUACACGGAUGAUGCACUGGGAUCGAAAAAGCUUCUGGUUGGCUACAACUCCAAAUCUGGCAAGCUCUCCAGAACAUCCCCCCUGGACAACAAGAUUGAAGAACACCAAGGAGUCUGUGGUUCUUCUCUUCAGGAUGGUCCACAAUCAGUACACCAACAUGCCACCCAAUCACAGGAAAAAGUUGACCAAGAGCCAGCUAGAAGAGAAGGCUGAGAUUACUGCCCUUGCCUGUUCUAUUGUGGAUGAGCUCACGUCCCAGGUUCCCAAUGUUGCCCCGGUCCUUGAGGAGAAGCUUCUUGGUUCUUGGAGCGGCUCCGGCGUGGAGACCCCGGUCUUGAGAUGGAGCUCGGAUCGGCCUGCUCUGCAAAAGAUGACAAGUGGGGGGCCACGCGACAACGGGUGUGAUGUGGCUUCUAUUUCAACCACUUAUUUCAAUGCUUUCCCCAGUGAAAUCCUUUUGUACCUGUCCACCAUAGGUAUUCUGGAGAUAUUGAAUGGGCUGACUGCUGGGAAAGGUGAGGCGAUCACUGGUUCAAGUGAGGCUGCUCUCUUCAAGUCUGCCACUGACCUCGAUGCAGCUAGCUACAUGCUGGCCUUAGAGGAAAUUGCAUAUGAUGAGCGAUGCCUCCAGGUGUACUUGGGUAAAAUGAGCAACCAUGAGGUCCGCAUCACCCAGUUGAAGGAGCAAUGGAACCGGAAGAGGCAAGAAGGAGCCAAGGAGGCUGUCCACAAGUGGGUGGACCAACAUGUGGAUGCAAACACAUGGCCUUCCAAGUUUGAUGCUGGGACAGCUUUGAGCAUGAUGCGGAGCAUUGAGGAGGCCCUGCUCUUCAUUUGCAACUAUGCAUCUCCCAGUCUCAUCAAGAGUGACAUCACUGCUGCCACCUUCAGCAUGGUUGGCCACAUGCUUGGCUCAGAGUUUGGUCCACAAGCAUGUGGGCUGCUGCUAUGCCCGGUCUACUCAUACCAGAAACAUCAUUUGUUUCUUGAAGAGCAUGCUUUGCUCAAGAUGCUGAGCAACAAUUCGUGUUCUGUGGAUACCCUCUUCCAGCUCAAUUUUGACAUCAAGUCCAAGACAGAGACCUCCCCACAGCCUAGAUGCACUUUUCUUGACCAAAGAGAUCAGCGUCCUAUGGCAUACACUGGCCGGUUUCUUGCUCCAGCCAAUGCAGGAAGCGAUUGGGCUUGGCGUGAGUCUACCCUCUUUAAGCUUCGUCGCAACACGAAUGAGGCUUUGCAGCUGGCAAGCAAGCAAAUGGUGAUUCAGGAAGACAUGAACCCGAAGGCCCUUCCUAGCACAGAUGCUGGAACUUUACAUGGCGCCCAAAAGUAUGCCCAGAUUGGCUCUGAUGCAGCCCGGAAGCUGUUUCCAAAACCAGUUGCCAGUCUUGUCCAGCAAGCAGUCAUUGCUAAGGAGGGUGUGAACUUUGGGAAUCACACAUCCCUUCUUGUGGUGGACACAACGCCGCUGGUUGGAAACUUCUUUGAGGCCUACCUGGAGGUGUCCAAAGAUACCAACGUGCCCAUGAAGUAUGUUCCACUUUUUGCAGAUGAUGGGCAUCAGGAAUGGUUUUCUGGCUAUUUUCACCAAGAGCUGACCAAGCGCUUCCUGCAGGACUCUUUGAAAAUCCCUGGCUUCCCUCUCAACCCCCCUGCGGAGCACAUGGAAUCCAAGCCGGAGCCUCCUGCCUUGAAGCGGUGCUUGUGGGGCAAGGUGAAGAAUGAGAUCCGCACCAUUGAGCUCCCUGAGGAUGAGGUCAAGAAGUGGUGGAGCAAAGAUGAAUGGAAGUGCUUUGUCCAAGAGUUCCAGGAGCGGCACCCUCCAGUGAAGCAGCUUGAGAAAGAG